AGAAUGGAAGAUGACUAUGAUGAAGUGGUGGGCAAUGCUGGCUUACCACAACUCCACAAGUUUUCAAUAAUGAGAAAGACUGCAAAGCAUCUAUGGAAAAAGUUCAAGGAAGUUGCCAAAUUUGAAGAAGAGAAAGAAGAGAGCAAAGACGCCUCUCAGGCCGCUGGUCUGCUUGAGAAGUUAACAGUGGAAGAGAAGAAGGAGAAACCAGUGGAGAAGGUAGCAUCAGCAGAGGCAGAAAAAGCUGUUGAAGAAAAGAAAACUAAGGAGUCUGUGCCCUCAGCUUAAGAUACAUAUGCAUAGAAAUACACAAGACAACGCCAGGUACUAUACAGCCUGGUGUGUUUAAAAUCCAUCCAUGACUUGCCUUUCUUUAAAAAAUUUGAUUCAUGUUUUAUAAGUGUCAUCAUAUUUACUUGCUGAGCCGUGUUGAGUCUAUAUGUUAGCGUAACAAGAGUAUCUAUCACAUGUGACAUUUGCAUAUGAGAGGAGA